UAAAAGAAUAAAGUAGCUUAGAGUUUUUCCUAUAUCUAUGUUUAUUGCGAUGAACAAAGUAAUUUUGUGUCUAGCCUUCCUAGGCUACGCCUCGGCAGCCAGAUUAGAUCAUCUUCAAAACAACCAAUACCUUCCACCUCAAGGAAAUGCUGUAGAACGUCAACAAAAUUUCCCUGGACCAAAAUCGGGCCAACAACAAGGAGCAGGUCAAUAUCAACCUUCCAAUCAAUAUGGGGCUCCAUCUGGACAAGGUGCUCAACAGCAAUACUCUGGUCAAGGAAGUCAACCUUCCAAUCAAUACGGAGCUCCAUCAGGACAACAGCAAGAUAGUCAACCUUCAAACCAAUACGGAGCUCCAUCUGGACAACAGCAAUACUCCAACGAACAACUUCCAACGCAAAGAUCUCCAUUGGCCGAUGUACCUAUUUUAAGGCUGGACAGUGACAAUCCUGGAGAUGGAACUUACAGAUACAACUAUGAAACUGGUAACGACAUCGCAGCUCAAGAAGAAGGCAGCGCUCAAUCAGGCUGGAACAAAGCCCAAGGCUCUUACCGUUUCGUAUCGCCGGAAGGCCAAAACUUCGAAGUCACUUAUACCGCCGACGAAAACGGUUACGUUCCACAAGGAGCCCAUUUACCAACACCACCUCCAAUUCCAGAAGAGAUCCUCAAAUCCUUGGAAUUAAUCAGGCAAGCUGAAGCUUCAGGAAAUAUUAUCGAAGGAGCUUAUCAACCUGAAGGCGACGACGGUCAGUAUCACGAAAGUCACGAUGAAGGUCAGUACAAUCAUCAGCAACCAAGUGAAGGAUAUCAGCAACCAAGUGGAGGAUAUCAGCAACCAAGCGGAGGUUAUCAACAACAACAACAACAACAACAACAGCCUAGUGGAGUUGCUAAAAAUCAACCACAAGGUUUUCAAAAACAACCCAUAGCUUCAAAUGGAGGCUAUAGAUAUUAAGUGA